UCCGACUUUAGUUCACAAAGUGCAUAGCCACAGAUCGGUUCUCGGUCAUGUUGUUUGAGUUAAAUUGUAAGCUUUCGUGUUGUGGAAUUGAAAAGUUCCGAGUUAUAAGUAUAUACCUAACAUACUUUGGUGAUAAGAGUGUUGUGAGAUUGCUGUUAAUUUUUGUGCAGGAAACUUUGGACAGUUGGAGACCGUUGUAAACAUUGUUUUUUUGAGUAAAGAAGAUGGCGCCACUAUCUUUGAAGGUGGUGCUGGACGAGGGUGCUGUGACUCGCACGGUCAUGUUCGAGUCGACCAUGCGCGUGGAGGAAGCACAAGCCAUCGUCAAGGAGAAGAUUCUCACCGCUCACGAUGGGAAAGAUUAUGGACUAUUCCUGACGUCUGCUGAUGAUGACAAGUCUGGCAUAUGGCUGGAGCGGCACCGGCAGCUGGACUACUACAUGCUGCGCGACGGAGACCAGCUUCACUACCUGUGCCGGCUUCGGAACCUGAGGGUCCGCAUGUUAGACGGUUCUGUGAAAACAAUGCCAGUGGACGAGGCCAAGACGGUGGAGGAGCUGAUGGUGGGAAUCUGCGCGAGGCUUGGCAUCACCAACUACGAUGAAUAUGGACUGUGCCACAUAGAAGAAGAGGAGUCUGACGAGCAAAAAAUAGCACCUGGUACCGGCACCCUGACCAGACGGGUCACCCAGCAGAAGGACAGAGACGCCAAGCUGCAGCAGCUCAGCAAGAAGCUCAAAACCGACGACAAUGUGGAAUGGCUGGACCAGCACAGAACAUUGCGCGAGCUAUGCGUCGAGGCGAACACCACUGUUCUGCUGAAGAGACGUCUGUUCUACUCCGACCGGAACGUGGACUCGCGCGACCCGGUGCAACUCAACCUGCUGUACGUGCAGGCCCGGGACGCCAUCUUGGAGGGGCGGCAUCCGGUCACUGAGGAUAAAGCUGUCGAGUUUGCCGGGAUUCAGUGUCAGAUACACUACGGAGACUUCCAGGAGGACAAACAUAAGCCGGGACUCAUAGAGAACCUCAGCGAGUACCUUCCGCAGCAGUACUCCGGCUCCUGGGGCGUGGAGAAGAAGAUCCUGAAGGAGUUUCGGAAACACCACGGGCUCGGCCAGAUAGAAGCCAAGUUCCUCUACACAAAGACGGCGAGGGACCUGCCUACUUAUGGAGUUACGUUCUUCUUGGUCAAGGAGAAGUUAAAAGGCAAGAAGAAGCUGGUGCCUCGCCUGCUGGGCAUCAACGCGGAGUCGAUCCUGCGGCUGGACGAAGUCACCAAGGAGAUCCUGCAGGUGUGGCCGCUGACCCAGGUGAAGACAUACCACGCCGGGAAGUCGGAGACCUUCACGCUUAACUUUGGCGAUUACAGUGACAAAGAGUACAGCGUGAAGACGAACGACGCGCAUCGCAUUCGGGAUAUAUUGCAAGGGUACAUCGACAUCAUUAGGAAACGAAUGGAUGCCAAGUACAACCUGAACCUCACCGAGCACCAUGCCAUCUGCGAAGACAUGGUGCAAAGCUCCAGGGGUCACAUAAUGGAGCACAUUGAACACAAACCAAACAAAAUCUUCGAAGAAUCAUUCGUUGGACCCAGCCAGAUCUUCACUUACGAGCCGGGUAAAGCCAUGGCUCAAGGUACUCAGAUCGUCACGGUCCAGCAGUUGGUGAUGCAAGCUCGGGCCGGCGGCCAGCAAACAGCGAAGGUCGGUGAGGUGCCGAUGCGUAAAGGCAUGCCUCUGGACUUCGUUAGGAAACUGAAUCGUUUGAAUUCUAAUUCCGUCAAGAUCGUCACUUUGUUGACUGAGCCCAAUCAAGCAAAUUUGUCGGAAGCUGGUAAAAUUGUGGAUAACAUGGAAGCCGAUAUGCCGAGUCUUAUUGAGGGUGUUAAAGAGGCUGCAAAUAAGGAGAAAGACGAGGAAGCCAAGAAGAGAAUGCUGAACGAGCUUCAAGAACUAAUGGACAACAUGAAAGCUCUAUCUGAAAGUAUUAAUACAAAUAAACCAGAGGAAGCACAAGAUGCCAGUAAAAGGAUCGCAGAUCUAUCGAUACAGAUGUGCUGUGCUAUGGACCCAAGAAUGAAAAAACGCGGCGAAUUCUGCCGUCGUUCCCGCAAGAGUUUCAUAGAGGACGAGAAGACGAACGCUUCCAUCCGUCGCGGAUCUUGUCUGGCGGCCGCACAGCAUCUCUCGGACACCAUACAGCAACUGCUGCAACACAUGAUCGAUGAAUACGAAGGUCCACCAUUGGAUGCGUCCGAAGUCGAGGAGUUGGAGAAUUCAGCCGCUGACAAAAUGGCGAAACUCAACGCAGCGAUAGCAUUAACCCUGAUGGCUUUUGCAGAUCCUCAGAAUAUAGAUUACGGCGUCGCUGUAACCUCUAUGAACAACAUCAAUGAGCUUUUGCCGGAGUUGGCUAAAGAUGCUAAAGCGCUGAGCAGUGUAAAUGAUGGUAAGAAUCGUCAGGAGUUCUUAGACGCAAUACAAGCAUUGUGCGAUGCCACGAAGGCAGUCUGCUUGGCUGCCGACCAAGAAGACCAUCAAAAUAUGCGUGAAGCUGCCAAAGAUUAUGGCCGAGCUUCUGAUAAAUUGCAGUUUACAUUCCGACGUGGUGGUAACAAGAACGUAGAUAAAGAGAAAGAAAUUCUAGAUCUUUCCAAGGACGUGGAUGAUAAGACUAAAGCGUUAUUGCAAAAGAGCAAGGAGCUCACUCCUUAUGUUUCGGAAACUGAGAGCGGGGCAUUAGAAGAAGCCUGCGCGCGAUGCGCUGAUGCCACGGAAGAUAUCAAAACUUGUGCUAAGUUAACUGCUUCUUCCAUACAAGAACCACACUGCAGAAGCGCGUUGAAAGCAGCCGCCGAAAACUUAUCAUCAUCAGCUCAGCACCUCGCUAUCACUUGGAAACCGAUGGUCGAAGAUCCGGCAAGAAAACAAUUAGGAGACGAAUUGAAAGAUAGAACUAUGGAAUUGGCUAAAGCAUUGGAUAGACUCAAGGGUACCUUCGCCGGUCUUGACGGUGUUCCAGAGGAACAGGAUGAGGCGAAAACGAGUCAAAAACUAAAGUUUAUCACUACAAUGGCCGCUGCUAAAAAAGAUAUCAAAUCAUUGGAAACUGAGUUGAAUAAGCCACUCGACGAAGUUUCCCAGAAGGGAACACAAGAAGAGUUACAAAACAGACUGGCUCAAAAGUUGGCUCAGCUUAACGCUGCUUUGGCCGCCUUAAUGAACGCUACAGCCGAUCGCGAUAAGCCAGACUAUGAGACUGCCGAGUUAGCGGUCAGUACUAUUAGGGAGCUUAUGCCGGAUAUAGUGAAAGAUGGCAAAUGUUUGAGUACACACAAGGAGGCAGCGAGUAGGGAGAGGAUGAUGAACGAACUGAGGGCGCUGUGUGAAGCCACGAAGGACAUUUGCGACCCCAGCAACGGGAAUUUGGAAGACAUCAACCGCAUCGCAUCUAAGUUCGCUGCGUCCUCUGGUAAACUCAACUACAUAUUCAAUCCACGAGCCAAUCGCAAUGAUGAAAAACAGAUCAUGGGCAUUUCAUCGUCAGCCAACGAGAAGUCCUCGCAGCUGUUAGCUGAGGUGCAGGAGUUAGCUCAGCGAGUGGACGGCGACUCAGGAAUCGAACUGGAGACUGCGCGCUGCAGAGCUGAGGACGCUGCCAUAGCUCUUCAUAACGCUGCUUGCGUUACAGCUCCAUGUAUACAAGAUCCUCGUUGCCAAGAGUCUCUGAUCUCAGCCAUCGAUUCUUCAUCAGCCGCUAACCAACAUUUGGGUUCAGUGGUCGAACGAGUGUUGAAAGAUCCACGAUACAAAGACAUGGGAGGUAAACUGAAGGAGAAACUUCUUCUCUUGGAGAGGGAGUUGGAUAAACUGAAGAAAGCUUGUCAAGACAUCGGUGCAGGUGAGAAUACUACUGAAAAUAAGGAAACCGGUCAGGAGGCUUUGAAGAUGCAGUUCAUCAGAUCUGCAACUGAUGCGCUUAAGCAUGUCGACACGGCAUAUAAAGAACUGGACAAGCCGGUGGUGGGUCUUAAGCGAAAGAUGUCUCCUGAAGGGAUUUCGAAGAAUCUGACUGAUGCUUUACAUCGUCUCACCGCUGCCAUAGCGGACCUGAUCACCGCUACAGCCAAUCGUGAGAAUCCAGACUAUUUGGCAGCCGACGAUGCCUUAAAGGUUGUCAACCAGGAACUACCGCAUAUUGUUAAAGACGCUAAAACAUUCAGCAGUAGCGAACCUGAAGAUAAAAAAGCCGCUAUGCUUGAAGACUUGAGGGCGCUAUGCAACGCCACCAAGGCACUGUGUGAGAUCGCCCCGCAGCAGUCCAGCCAAGAGAUGAAUCAGGCAGCCGUAAAGUUUGCGGGUGUUUCUGGAAAAUUGGUGUACAUGUUCGAUCCUGCAGCAAAUCAAGAUAGAGAACAUAACGUCGUAGAGCAUUCAUCAGCAGCUUGCGAGACGGCAUCAGAACUUCUAAGCACAGUGUACAGCCUCGCCACCGAGUUGGAUGGACAGCCUGCCACUAACCUAGACCAAGCAGGCUCAGGUCUAGCGGAUGGGGCCAACGCCUUGCUGACUACCACACAGGUCACAGCGCCAUACCUUCAAGAUAGAUCUUGUCAGACCAAGCUUCUAUCUUCUGUUGACCGUUUACAAGCUGCGUCCGACAAGCUGGCUUCAAUAUGGCGGCCGUUGGUGAAAGAUCCCAAAUAUUCCAACAUCGAUUCCAGUUUGAAGAUGCAUCAAGAGAAAUUGGAUAAAGAAUUGGAGGAUUUGAGGAAGGCAUGCCAGAUCACAGAUAGUGGAUUACAGACGAAGGCAAUCGAUAAGCCAAUGCAUCCCUUGCUGUCUGAUAAACGACUCAAGUUCAUAAAUACGAUUUCGGCAGUCGACAACACUCUGAAGAGUCUGCAAGAAGAAUUGGAUAAACCUCUAGACACCUCGCAGACUCCAGUGCCGGCCAGUAUUCAGAACAAGUUGGCUCAAAGCCUGGCUCGACUCAACGCGGCUAUCGCCAGUUUACUCGCCGCUACUGCCGACAAGGAAAACCCAGAUUGCGUGAAAGCCGAGCGAGCCGUCAACGAAAUCAACCAAUUGCUGCCAGAAUUUGUGAGAGGUAUACGGAUGGUGAGUGCAAGCAAGGAACCUCAAACCAGAGACUUGAUGUUGGCGGAUCUGCGCUCCUUGUGCGACACCACGAGGCAGAUAUGUAGUGAUGCAGGCAAUGGAUCAUUAUCAGGCUUGAAAGAGCAUGCCACCAUAUUGGCGGACAAAUCUGGAAAGCUGUUCUAUGCGGUCAGCCCGAGAGUGGACCAACCCAAGGAAUAUGAGAUAAUAGAUUUAACGAUGGAAGCGUGCAAGAAGGGCGCUGUAUUGCUAUCGAGUGUACAAGCUUUGUCGUCACAAUCUGAAGGGGAGAUGGCUGUCACCCUGGACGAGGCGGGAACUGUCACCGCCGACGCCGCUGACACGCUGCUGGCCACUGCUCAGUUAACAGCACCGAGUAUCCAUGAUCCUGUUUCUCGGGCCACGUUAAUAUCCUCAGCUGAUGAACUCACAUCGACCCUGGACAACCUUGAGUCUGUAUGGAAACCAGUAGUAACCCAUCCACAACAUGCCAACAAGAAAGCCUUGCUUGAUGGUCAGAAAAAAGAUCUUGAACAAGCUUUGGAUAAGCUGAAGAAAGCUAUCUUAGAAGAUAGAUCUGGAUUACAGACGAAGGCAAUCGAUAAGCCAAUGCAUCCCUUGCCCUCUGAUAAACGACUCAAGUUCAUAAAUACGAUUUCGGCAGUCGACAACACUCUGAAGGGUCUGCAAGAAGAACUGGAUAAACCUCUAGACACCUCGCAGACUCCAGUGCCAGCCAAUGUUCAGAACAAGUUGGCUCACAGUCUGGCUCGACUCAACGCGGCUAUCGCCAGUUUACUCGCCGCUACUGCCGACAAAGAGAACCCAGAUUGCGUGAAAGCCGAGCGAGCCGUCAACGAAAUCAACCAAGUGAUGCCAGAAUUUGUUAGAGGUAUAAGGAUGGUUAGUGCAAGCAAGGAACCUCAAACCCGAGACUUGAUGUUGGCGGAUCUGCGCUCCUUGUGCGACACCACGAGGCAGAUAUGUAGUGAUGCAGGCAAUGGAUCAUUAACGGGCUUGAAAGAGCAUGCCACCUCAUUGGCAGACAAAUCUGGAAAACUGUUCUACGCGGUCAGCCCGAGAGUGGACCAAUCUAAGGAAUAUGAGAUCAUAGAACUAACGAUGGAAGCUUGCAAGAAAGCCACUGUAUUGUUAUCGAGUGUACAAACUUUAUCGUCACAAUCUGAAGAGGAGAUGGCUCUCACCCUGGACGAGGCGGGAACUGUCACCGCUGACGCCGCUGACACGCUGCUGGCCACUGCUCAGUUAACAGCACCAAGUAUCCAUGAUCCUGUUUCUCGGGCCACGUUAAUAUCUUCAGCUGAUGCCACCAUAUCGUCCCUGGACAACCUUGAGUCUGUAUGGAAACCUGUAGUAACUCAUCCACAACAUGCCAAUAAGAAAGCCUUGCUGGAUAGUCAGAAAAAAGAUCUUGAACAAGCUUUGGAUAAGCUGAAGACGGCUAUCUUAGAAGAUAGAGCUGCUCUGAAGUCUCCAAUGAGGAAAGCCCCUCCUCCUCCUCCACCUAAGCGAGUGACGUUACACGAACCAGCAAUAUGCCAAUCUCCAGGACUCAAAGACGUUACCCGCGACUUCCUUCAUAACAUCAGAAAUGAGGAAACCCAAGCGGCUGGCCAAGCUCUUCUGGCAAGUCAGAAGAAGAAGAAGCAAGAAGAAGAGAAGGCACAACAGCAGAAGUUGAUAGACACAGUCGACGCUUCUGUACUGCAAAUACAUAAGGCUGGUGAAGAGUUGACUAAGUUAUACGCCGGAGACGGGGAGGUGAUUCCAGCCCUAUCGCCGGAGCAGACGGCUGUGGUCCAGAAGCAGAUGGAGCAUAAACUGGCUGCCGCUAAUGCUGCUGCCGCGAGACUGCUGGCUGCGCAACAUAUGAGCUCGUUGAAUCAUGGCGCCGCUUGCGAACCUGCUUCUACACUGGCGGAACUCUCACCAAGAAUCGUACAAGAUGCAAAGCUGUUGCGAGGAGCUCUAAACGAAGACGAGAGGAAGUCUUUCAUGGAAGAUGUCCUGGCGCUGUUCGACUCCACCAAAGUGCUGCUCGGUGCCGCUAAGAACGACCAUAGGAAAAUAAACGAAUCGGCGGUGAUGUUCGGGAACAAGUCGGCUAAACUCCUGUACGUGGUCCGCACAGACGUCGAUCCGAGCCAGGAGAAGGAGGUGUUUUCUCUGGCCCGUCGUAUCGGCGACUCCGCGUCCCAACUGGCGCUAUCCGCCGCCGAGCGCGGCCCCUCCCAACAGGACGAGGCCGUCUGCGGCGCGGCCGGCGCCUGCGCUGACAGCGCCGGCACCUUGUUGUAUACCGCUAAGUUGGUGGCACCAUCCAUUCAUAUAGCGGAAUGCCAGCAGUCUCUGGUGAAGGCUACGGAUGACCUCUCCCGCCACGUGAAAGAUUACUCGGACAGCUGGGCUCCCGUACAGACAGACGAACAAACCAAGCGACAGUUAAACGGGGACGUUGACAAACUUCAACGCAUGCUCGACAGUUUUAAGGAGGAACUGCAGACCGGUAAACUGGUGAAAAGAGUACCCGUAGAGAGGAUCACUGUCCACAAUACUCCGCUCAGAAAUCUGGCCUGUCUCAUACUGGAGGAUUCACAGAAGAGAGCCAAGCAAGCUAACACUCCGCCAGAACAACGGGCCAAGUUCGCCAAAUAUGCCACAGAUCUGGGCCAGGCUAUACGACAGCUAGACCUGAUGUACCAUCGCAGCUCUAAUGCACCACACGAUGUAGAAAAGAGACAGCAGCUAGAGAAUGCUGUGCAGGGCCUCCAGGUGAUGGUGCUGAUGGAGAGGCCCACAGCUCGAUCUCCGCACGACAACAUCGUCGACUUGACGGACUACGUCAGAGCUGUAUCCGAUGAGGCUGAGAAAUUACACAAAGAAUGCAAAGAAAGUCAACCAGAACUGAAAAUGGUGAGAGUGCUCUGCGAAAAUAUAAAGGAGAAAGCGGCACGGACUAUGAACCCGGAACUUUACGAUCAGGUCCCAGGAGAAGGGGUACAUGACAGAAAUGAUGUGGCAGAAUUCGCUGAGGAAUGCGACCAAAGAGUGAAUACAAUCAAUCCGAUUAUUGAAGGUCUUGAAGAUGGCAAGAAUAAAAUUAACUUGCAGGAGAAAGCGGCGCGCCUGACGGAGUGCAUUCAUCUAUUGAGUUUCGCCACAAAAUGUGAUUUAGCAACGACACAGAGUGUUUCGCUAGACGCAACAUUGGAAGAAUUAACGGACUUGGAGAAGAAAAUUGACGAAAUGCUGGCGGUUACUGGAAAAUCACGCGUUCUUUAUAAGACUGGAUUCAGGCCCACUCGGGGCCGGGGGCGCCUGGUGGGGGCAGUUUGUGGUGGAGAGGGGGAGAAGUCUUUAGCUCCGGCGUACGCUUCAUAUCUGGAUGAUAUCAGAGUGGUCAGUGACUGUAAUGAAGCACAUCAGAAACAAAGGUCCAAAGAACACCUGGUAAAAGUGCUCAAUUUGCUGAAGACGUUAGUGAUGACGAACAGCCGCCAUGUUGCCACUUGGCAACCGCUAGACCAUCCGGAAACUGCCCAGAUCACGGAGCAAAUUGUACAGGAGCUAGAGAGCUAUGAUUCCGCAUUGACAAACAAAGACGGAAACCAGAAGUCAGUACUGAGUGAAGUCAACAUCAACAAGUUACUGCUGCCUACGAGAUCUAAACUCCAAGUAGAUCAAAAGGAGUACCCCGAGAAGUUGAACCAAGCUUCGUCCAAGUUAUCUUGCGCGGUAGGAACGUUAGUGCAAGGCGCGGGGAAUCCCCAGGCGAUCUCUCGUGCUGCCUCCGCGCUACUGCAGGCUCAUACACAUCUCGCGCAAAUCGUUAAUGCUGCGCCUGUGCACGACAUAGCCCACAGUCAGAAAAUAGGUCAAGCUAUGAAAGAAACGUCUCUACAAACUUAUAGUGUGCUGAAAUCAGCUGAGCUUGUUUCUCAGCAACCAAAUAAUUACGCCACAAGAAGCAAACUAUUGGAUGCUUGUAACAGAUUGAAUGAUGCGAUUAGUCAAUUGGUACGAACAACGUCGCCUUCGGGUAAAUUACAAAAGGAAUGCAGCGAACUCAUUUUCCGAUCUCAGCUGCAGCAGAACAUCGCUCAGACACCGAACUGGUGCUGCUCCCUCAAUUAUCCCGACACUCUAUCACAGCUGCAAAACCAGAGGGAUGUUAUAGAGAAACUGAAUGAAGAAACCCCUAUGCCUCGCGCUGAAUUCAGUCGCUCGCUGGCUUACGUGAGCUCAGCAACAGACCGCAGCUGUCAGUACGCCGCACAUGCUGCUUAUUUGCUCACCGUAGCAGAUCAGCAUAAGGAGCUCGCAACAGAAGGAUUCGUAGAUGUAGCCAGAAUACAGAAUUUAUCAGAAGCUCUACAAGAAUCCUGCCAUAGAAUCAUAAAAACUGAACCUGAUCAGGCCAAAGAAGAAGCUUCGAUUGUGGUAAAGCAAGUGCGAGAGUUCCAACAAGCAAUAACAGAAGCUCAAGAUAAGAUUAAAGAUGAAAAAGACAAAAGGGAAAUAAAUGAAUCAAAUGGUGAUCUCGAAGAGGCGAUGACAGAACUAAAUGCUGUCGUUCAUGAAAAAGCAUUAAGCAGUGCUCGAUUAACCGCAGUCAUUAUUAAAGUACUCGAUUCAACAAGAUCGAUUUGUUACAUAAUCGAAAGGGUAUCGAUUGUUCCUGACAUCAAAGAAAGUUCAGAUGAAACCAAGGCGUGCCGAGAUGAUGUAUUAAAGAAUUCUAGAAACUUGAACACCAAACUGCUUGCCCUCAUCAGAGAAGUGAAAUCAUCAGAAGACGAUGAUCCCAUGACAUGGGUCACGUUCGGCACUAGGAAGGCGGUUUUGGAGAUGUUCGAAGCUUUGAUCAACAGUAUUCAAGCAAAUGGGAAACGCGCGAGAAUCCUGGAGCCAUCACAAUCUGACAACGAAGAGGAAUCAAAUCAAGGAAAGAGGAGAUUUGUACAGAUACAGCUGGAUUUGGCCAACAAAUGGCUUUCUCGACCUACAGUUAAACCUGAUGUCAAGACUGCGGGAGAAGAAGCCGCAAGGACUAUAAUAAGUUUGGGUGAAAAGAUAGCGGAAGAUUUAAAUGGACAAGAGAAAGAAGAAAUGCAAGAUUUGAUUACUUCAAGCGAGGAGUUGCUCGCUGAAUGCUUAAAGAAACAUGAACCGGAAAAGGCGCGUUUACUGGCGGAAAGAUUGAAAGCACUGAAGAAAGCCAUCGAACGCGGAGUCGUGGCUCGAGUGGUUGAAGACUUCCUCGAGGGAGAGGAACCUCUCGCAGACUUGGAUAUUCUUGCUGAUGCUGAGAAGGACGAGGAGAAACGCAAAUUCCUACUGGAGCGUAAGAUAGCAGAACUGUUGGCGCAUCUCGGUCGAAUCACUAAGACUGCACGUGUUGUCGCCGGCGCUUCUCACAAUACUGACACUAACAAACGACUGCUGGACUCUACACAACAGACGGAGUUACUAGCUCCGAUGCUUGUUCAAGCAGCUCAGAAGAGGGUCAUCUCGCCUGAUGAUCAGGCUGCUAUUGAGCACUACCAAAAGCUACUGUCCCAAUAUGCAGAGGCGUUGGCCAACAUACGUAACCUUUGUGAUGAAGCUGUCGAUCCAAUGGACUUCGUGCAAACCGCAGGUGAAACAAUGCAGAAACUGCGAGAGGAUAGCACUAAUGAUAAUGAUCCUCAAAAGUGUGCUUAUGCUUCCACGGCCAUCACUAAGUUAGCUAACCGUGUUAUCACAGUAAGCAUGUCAUCCAGCGAUGUGCGUAAAGAUCCCGAGUUGCAAAAAGCUUUAAGAGAAGCCAAGGAGAGACUAAAAGCUGUCGUUCCCGGACCAAAUACUAGGCCUAGUCGGAUUCCAGAUUGGAAAGUCACUACUGCUGAGAUUCUGCGAACGACUGGAGAGGUAGAAUCUGUGCUAGGAGGUGAAAUGAUUUUCAAGAAGCAACAGACUUCAGACGAGCCUAUAUUCGCCGCUGCGUUGGAUCUGCACACGGCCAUCAGGUCGUGGUCGGCGAAGGACAACGAGAUAGUGGCCGUCGCCAAGAGGAUGGCCGUACUCGUCGCGAAGCUCUCCCACUACAUGAACACCGAACGCAAGCGCGACGUGAUAGUGACGGCGAAGAGCAUCGUCAGCGAGUCGCACGAGGUAGCCGAGCUCGCCAGGAAGCUCGCGCACGAGUGCUCCGACAUCAGGAUCAAAACCAAUCUAUUGAAAAUUUGCGAGAGAAUACCCACGAUCAGUGGACAAUUGAAAAUGUUGGCCACCGUUAAAGGAUCACUCGGAAAUCAAGGUUUAAAAGAGGACCAAGAAGAUAUGAACAUGCUGGUUGCAAACGCUCAGAAUCUCAUGCUCAGUGUACAAGAAGCAGUGAACGCCGCAGCCAGUGCAUCUGUAAAGAUUAUGUCCCAGCGAGGUGGGCCCCGGAUACGAUGGGUUCGCAAGUCUUACUACUGACGUGUGAUGGACAAUUUUCGAUAUCAUACGAUAUUUUAAACUAAGCCAAAGUGGAGAUUUUUAUUUUUAUAUUGUAUAUUUUUUUUAAUAAAAUGACUACACUAUAUUUGUUUUUUUUAUUUUA